AUGUGCGUCCGAACUCGGGUUGGCAUAGGGAAAGACCGGGCGGACCGGGCUGACCUCUCCUUCGAGCGAGAGUGGAAGGCCACCCUCGAGGACCAGUUGAGCACCUGCACGGCCAGUAGCUCUUCUGUUCUUCGAACGGGCAGUUAUGAUGAGGGGACCAUGAGUCCUGGCUGCCAGUCAGCCACUGCAGCACUCUUCGCCGCUGUCGCAGCUGCGACUGGGAAGCUGCAUGGUCAGCCAGAAGAGGUGGUGGUCAAAGCAGAGACCUCUGAGCAUUCCCUGCUCGUGAGGGAACUACGUGAGGCCUUGGAGGACAUCCAGAUCCGCACCGCCAAAGUGGUGAGACAGACUCGCAUUGUGGCAGCGGAGUGUCAUGCUCUUGAAGAGCGCUUGGCAGGUUUGGCAGCCGGCCAACGUCGUCGAGAGCAAGAAGCAGCAGCGGUGUGGCAGGACCUACGAGUAGCUGUCCUUCACGCAAAAGAGGUGUUGCGGCAUCACCAAGUGAAGCAGGAGCCCUCUCAACUUCGCGCACGGCGUGAAGAAUUGCAGAAGGAAGUCAAGAGGCAAGCAGUUGCAAUCCAGCUUCUGAAGAAAUGGAAGGAUGAGGCGGAAGCCAAGUCCGUGGACCCCGCAGAACUCGCAGAGGAACGGCGGAAGCGUUCGGAGGUGUGGACCACGUUCGUUGGACGCGUGGAACGCAUCCAAACCAUUUGCUCCAGCGAGACCGGAGGGCAGGCUUCUCACAGUUACGUCCAGCGCCCAGCGCCACGAGCGGCGCGGCGUCUGGCGGUGCAAAGUCUCACCGAAGUCGCCAAUGUAACCCAUUUCGUCUGCCAAGCCUUGGCGACCUUCACCUCCGCUGGAUUGAAUAACGGCGACCUUGUGCUAAGGCGCUUGGUCCUCCGUUCGGCGCACGGCGCGCUUCGCGCGUCGCAGGAUGGAGGGAGUUCUCCCAUCAAGUCGCCGACCGAAGAGCGGCACGAUGCAGCUCUGGCUGGGAUCGAACGACAUGUCAAAGACUUGAACCUGCAAAUGAACAUCCUUGCAAUAUUUUUCUUCUCCAUUGCGACCUCACUCUUAUGGGCGUGGUGGUAUGAUCGUCUACCACCUGAAGAACAGCUGAAGGCCUACCGAAUAGCUUUGCAAGUGUCCAUUCCAGUGGUGGCACUGUUUUUUACUUGGUUCCACAUUUGGCUUGCUAUCCAGAUGAUGUUUCUUCCCUUGAAAUUCUGGGGCAUCUGGCAGUACCAAGAUACUGGUAUGGGCAUCGGUUGGCAAGGAGUUGUGCCGAGGAAAUGCACUAAGAUGGCUCGUACCGCCUUCAAAUGUGCAAGGCCAUAUCUCAUGGGACCUCGAGAUUGGUUUGCACGAGUGGAUACCAGUGUCCUCUUCUCAAAGAUGCAUCCCAUGCUCGAGCGCGUGGUUCGGGCCACGAUCAACAGCGUGUCGCGGCGCCAUUUCCCGUCCAUCUUGGUCAACAGCCGCUUGCCCAGCAAUGUGGAAGAGGAAUUGGUGGCUUUAGCUAUGGAGCAGGUGGAGGAAACCUUCCCAGAGAUGUGGGACAAGAUCGUGGACCUUCUUUGUGACUCCGAGCGAGGCCUGGACAAUGAUGGCAUGAUCGUCAGCGUCUUCACCCAGAACAAGGAGCUCCUGAAUCUUUUCUUCCUCUCUUUGGGGGAGAAGGAGUUUCGCUUCAUCGAGCGUUGUGGGGCAGCUCUUGGCUUUGUGUGCGGUCUCAUCCAGCUCAUGGCCUUCAACCACUUGGAUGCAACAGGUCGAAUGAUCCUCUUGCCGGGCACGGGCUUCUUCCUGGGCAUUUUCACCAACUGGCUUGCCAUCCAGAUGUGCUUCAAGCCCUGCUUCCCACGACCCAUCAAUGUUUGUGGGAAACACAUCUACACUAUCCAAGGGCUUUUUCUCAAGAGACAGAGGGAUGUUGCCGUUCUUUAUUCCAAAAUGCUGGUAGAUCACUUUUUUGACUUUGACAAGGUGGUGGAGUAUUUGCAGACUUUGCCGGUAUGGGCGGAUCUGCAUGAUGCAUACUGCCAAAACACCAACAAGAUGAUGAGAAAGACCAUGGGCCCGGUGACCGGAUGGAUAGCACGGCGGGUGGCGUUGGGCCCGGAGAAGUUCAAGGCCUUGGAGGAUGACUUGGUGGGAGCGUCUGCAGAACGCAUUGCGGAGUCAGACGAUCUUCACGAGGCUGCUGCCCAGUACAUCUCCGUUGCCACUGAUGUGUUCAGGUCCAAUGCCAGUGCCAUGCAAAGAAUGCCACCUGACGAGUUUGAGAAUCUGCUUCAUCCGGUCUUUCAAGAAGACGAGCCUUGA